AUGUCUACAUGCAAGCUCGUUCGCCGACCAGAGAACUGGAAAGCUGCUGCCCCAGAUCCUCUCCCCAAUUCCCUCACUUUCGCCUCUCAGUCGACCCUGACGAAGUUGCCGGUCCCUGCACUCCAUGAUACCCUCUCACGUCUGAAGGAUACCUUGAAACCUAUUGCGUGGUCGGAUGCGGAAUACAACGCUAUAGAUAAAAUGAUAGACUUAUUUGCCGCCAACGAGGGUCCUGUACUCCAUUCCCGGUUGUUGAAGCGGGCGGAGGAUACCCAACACUGGCUAGAGAAUUGGUGGGAUGAUGGAGGUUAUUUAGGCUACCGGGACUCCGUUGUUGUUAACGUCUCUUAUUAUUAUGGUUUCGACCGUCCUCCUGCCCAUCUCGGACAAACUCCUGUCGCAAAAGCUGCGGGUAUUGCACGCGCCGCAAUGAUCUUCCGCCAACGAUUGAAGCAAGGCCUCAUCAAACCAGAAGCCACCAAGGAGGGACCAAUUUGCAUGGACACAUAUCGUUGGAUGUUUGAUUGUUGCCGGGUGCCCGGCCCAGAGGGCCUCGAUUGGAGUGUUUCCUAUGCAAAGGCAGGCGACUUUGGAGAAUCUGGGCACAUCAUAGUUUUGCGGAAGAACCGGGUGUGGAAAGUUGAAAUGACACACAAUAAACGGAUUCUAAGCACACAGGAAGUUGAACAGCAAAUACAACACAUUUACGAUAACACUUUACAGGAUUACCCCGGCGUCGGCGUUUUGACGGCGUCUAAUCGUGAUAUUUGGGCGAAGGACUAUAACGAACUCGCAUCAUCACCCGUCAACUCAUCUAUACUGAAAGCUAUACAGUCCUCUGCAUUUAUCAUCAGCCUCGACUCCUCCGCGCCUACAACUCCAGUACAUCACAGUCGAGCUUUGUGGCAUGGCGACGUCAUCGACGGAGUACCUACCGGCCUUCGCAACCGCUGGGUGGACAAACCUUGCCAGUUUGUUGUGUUCGACAAUGCAUGUGCUGGCUUUAUGGGUGAACAUUCAGUUAUGGAUGGCACGCCGACUGCGCGGAUGUGCGAUGAUGUUCUCGACAUGCUCUACGACCCUGCAUUUGAACAUGGAACUGCCGCUGUCUCGCUGACACCUGCUGCUCUGGACUGGGAAAUUUCUCCAGCCAUCUCCAAGGCCAUUUCUGUUGCUGACGCUGCCGCAAGGGACCUAACAGAGAGUCAAGAAUUGAAUUUCCAUCUUACAUCGUACGGGAAGGCUGCGAUUAAGGAGUUUGGUGUUUCGCCAGAUUCAUGGGCACAAAUGAUUAUCCAGCUAGCAUAUAAGCGACUUAUUGGAAAUGAGAAUCGAAUUGGCGCGACUUACGAAGCUGCAACGACUCGGAAGUUUUACAAAGGGCGUACAGAAGCAAUUCGUGUUGUGACGAAUGAAUCCGACGCUUGGGUUAGAAGUAUGGACGAUAAGAAUGUAAAUGCGGUUCAGCGGAAGAAACUUUUUGACCAAGCUACCAAAAAGCAUGUGAGUCUAGCAAAAACCGCUGGUCAGGGCCAGGGUGUUGACCGCCAUUUGUUCGGGUUGAAGAAGCUCCUACGCGAGGGGGAGGCUACACCCGCGCUCUUCACUGACCCUGUCUACAUUCGCUCGAGCUACUGGUGCCUGAGCACUUCGGCGAUCUUUUCAAAACACUUCCCAGUGUAUGGGUGGGGUGAGGUUGUCCCUGAUGGCUUUGGAGUUGCGUACAUGACUGGUUAUGAUGGUGACUUUUUUACGCCCAAUUUUUCUUACUUUCUGAGUUGA